AUGGCGACCGCACCAACGAAGCAAGCACUGCUUGAACUUUACCACAAUAGUCUGCGCACGUCGCGGGCAUUCAGCUCGUAUAACUUUCGGGAAUACUUUGUGCGCCGGACCAAGGAUGAGUUCCGGGUCAUUCAGAAUGAGGCUGACCCGGGGAAGUUGUCCGCAUUCUACAACGACAAGGUGAAGGAGCUGGAGGUGCUGAAGCGCAGUGCUAUCGUCAACCAGCUGUAUGGUGGAUGGAGGCUUGUGGUCGAGACGCAGAACUCUGAACGGGAGAGGAGCGAUAAUUAG